AGCCAAAGCUCACGCACUCCCCUAUACAUCAGAUGGCGGCUGGCCCGAGCACGACAGAGUACCCAGUCAAGCUCAGCGAUGAGUACGAUACACUGCAGCCAGCGACAGCCAGCAGCAGAGGCAUGACCGCCUUGCAAGCACGAGAAUUCGACAUGGCUGGCCCUCCAUCCAAUCUGAAAGAGCAAGUGAGGUCCUCUCACAACGGUCAGACUGGCGCGGAUGCCGCCACGACAGAGACAGGCGCGACUCAUGACAAGCAUAUGGGAGAAGGCGUCGCCGGUGCUGCUGGUGCUGGCGCAGUCGGAGCAGGCACGGCUGUAGCUGCCGAAGAGACCGUCCAGAGCAGAGACUCAGUCGACAAGAACGAAUUGCCGCCUACUGCAUCGAGCGCGCCUGAAACCGCAGCCGUCGCCGCUGACACACCAGCAGCGCCUCGUACGGAAUGGAUACUCAAGGUCUGGCAGAAGGGCAGCCAUUCGAGUGGGCAGGACGUGGUCAUGUCUGAGAAUGGCAGCACGGUGCUCUAUACAAUCACGACACCGCGAACGGGCAACGGGUUUAGCUUGAUAAAGGGCGACUCGACGAGGGACAGCGGUGCUAGCGAGCUCUGUACGGUCACGACACUCGCCAAUAAGGAUGCCGAGAUCGCAUUCCCGACGGGCUGGAAGACCGAGCUGGCCAAGUCUGGCCUAUACGAACGCAAGCACGUCUUCCAAGGCUUCGAUGGACAGGAGUUCGCAUGGGCGGGCGGCAGCACUGUCGGACUCGAUCUGAAAUGUGUACAGCAAACAUCAAACAUCACUGUGGCAACCUACAAGCGAGGCAUCUACACUUCAGAGAAAGAAGCCACGCUGACCAUCAACAUCGCGCUCGAGUCUCAACUCGACUUGUUCGUCGCGACUGCGAUCGCUCAGGAGCGCUACGAGGAAGCGCUUCACAGCUAGACUAGAUCAUGUCAUUGUACAAUUUAUUGCAUCUCACUCGUGUCGCCAAGCCAAGCCGGCC